AUGAAGCAGGUCUUUGGCGCAAACCAGCAACGUUCCGCCGCUGUCCCCAUCGGCGCAGGAGUAGCCCUCCUCGGCGCCGGCAUCUACUACAAGUCCAGGAGCAAACCCCAGGUCAGCGAGGAGCAGGCGCGCAGGGACCGAGCCCAGGCCAAGAAGGACGAGGGCCUCUCGGGCGCGGGCGUCGGGGGCAACGCUGUAACCGGCGGCCACGAGCUGAGCCAUGUCAACCCCCAGAGGAGUGAAGGGUCUACCGCGCCCCUGGAGAAGCUUCCCAGCGGGGGAGUAGGCGGGGGCGUCGGCGCCGGAAGUGCAAACGUCCGCUCCAUCGAGAUGACGGCCAAGCAGCGCGGGGGCACGUCGCCGAGCGGUGCAUCCGGCAGUACCAUCCUGGGCAGCAUAUUUGGCACGGGGUCCACUGCAGAGUCGGGCACCAGGGACGAGACUAAGGACACGCGCGUGGCGAGCAACUAUGAUGGCACGCCCACGAGGAGGAACGCGACGCACCACGAUCAGCACCAGCCUCGAGUGCCCAAGUCCGGCAACGCCGCCGGCAGUCAGGGGCACGACGACGGUGGUCAAGACGGCGGAAGCGGCCAGAGCUUGUCGCAGGCUUUGCAGGGAGUCGUGGGCCAAGGAGGGAAGAGAGCUACUGAGCCGGAUGAUCAGAACGCUGACUUUCGCAACACCAAGAUUGCGAGCAACCACGCUGAGACGCCGACCAAGAGGGCAGCCUAG